UCCCAUGUUCGGGCUGGAGAAGUCGGCGGGGCGGCAGGAGCCGGGCAGAAGCGGUGGGCUUCCGAAGAUGGCGUCCGUGGGGGAUUUUAACGUACUCAGCUCCAGCAUCCCGGCCACCAAGGUGGAGCUCUCGGUGUCCUGCAGAAAUCUUUUGGACAGAGAUACAUUUUCUAAAUCUGAUCCAAUCUGUGUUUUGUACACACAAGCAAUUGGAAACAAGGAAUGGAGAGAGUUUGGAAGAACAGAAGUAAUUGAUAAUACUUUAAAUCCAGAUUUUGUAAGAAAAUUUAUAAUGGACUACUUCUUUGAAGAAAGAGAGAAUCUGCGAUUUGAUUUCUAUGAUGUUGACUCAAAAAGUCCUAACCUGUCAAAGCAUGAUUUUUUGGGACAGAUGUUUUGUACACUGGGAGAAAUAGUGGGAUCACAGGGGAGCAGACUGGAAAAAUCAAUUGUAGGAAUUCCUGGGAAGAAGUGUGGAACGGUCAUAGUAACAGCAGAGGAACUAGGGUGUUGCAGAGAUUCAGUUCUAAUGCAAUUUUGUGCAAACAAGCUAGACAAGAAAGACUUCUUUGGGAAAUCUGAUCCUUUCCUUGUAUUUCAUCGAAGCAAUGAAGAUGGCAGUUUUACAAUCUGCCACAAAACAGAAGUUGUAAAAAAUACAUUAAAUCCAGUGUGGCAGGCAUUCAAGAUUUCUGUCAGAGCACUGUGUAAUGGAGACUAUGACCGGACAAUUAAAGUAGAAGUGUAUGACUGGGAUAGAGAUGGGAGCCAUGAUUUCAUUGGAGAAUUCACAACAAGUUACAGAGAGUUGUCGAGAGGGCAAUCUCAGUUCAAUGUUUAUGAGGUAAUAAAUCCAAAGAAAAAAGGAAAAAAGAAAAAGUAUGUUAAUUCUGGAACAGUAACAUUGCUUUCCUUCCUAAUUGAAACAGAAGUUUCAUUCCUUGACUAUAUUAAAGGCGGAACCCAAAUCAAUUUCACAGUUGCUAUUGAUUUCACAGCCUCCAAUGGUAACCCUUCACAGCCAACUUCACUGCACUACAUGAAUCCCUAUCAGCUGAAUGCUUAUGGCAUGGCACUAAGAGCUGUUGGUGAAAUAAUUCAGGACUAUGAUAGUGAUAAAAUGUUCCCAGCUCUAGGUUUUGGGGCUAGACUGCCUCCAGAUGGAAGAGUAUCACAUGAAUUUGCACUGAAUGGAAACCCUCAAAAUCCAUACUGCCAUGGAAUUGAUGGUGUAAUGGAGGCAUACUACAGGAGUUUGAAAUCUGUACAGCUUUAUGGACCAACAAACUUUGCUCCUGUUAUUAAUCAUGUAGCCAGGUAUGCUGCUUCAGUAAAAGACGGCUCCCAGUAUUUUGUUCUUCUCAUUGUUACAGAUGGAGUUAUAUCUGAUAUGGCUCAGACAAAAGAAUCCAUAGUGAAUGCUUCAAAGCUUCCAAUGUCCAUAAUUAUAGUGGGAGUAGGACCAGCAGAGUUUGAUGCUAUGGAAGAACUGGAUGGGGAUGUAGUGAGGAUUUCUUCAAGAGGAAGGUUUGCAGAAAGAGACAUUGUGCAGUUUGUGCCAUUCCGAGAUUACAUUGACAGAAGUGGAAACCAUGUGUUAAGCAUGGCAAGACUUGCUAAAGAUGUAUUAGCUGAAAUCCCAGAGCAGUUUCUGUCCUACAUGAGAGUCAGAGGAAUAAAGCCAUCACCUGCACCACCACCCUACACACCCCCGAUUCACGUGUUGCAGACUCAGAUAUGACUGCUCUGAACUGUUUGGCAUUUAUCACAAAUCUCUGGAUGCAGCAGUAGCUUCUGAUGACUUCUUGGAGCUAGAAAAGUUCUCGUCACAUACCAAAAUUCUCCUAUAGUUGCAUAAGCAACUGGAAAGCUUUUAAAUGCUAGGAGCAAAAUGUUGAUGUUCUGAGACUUUUUUUUUUAAUCCAGACACCCUAUUUUUUUGAUGUACUUCUUGGAGGAGGAAAGCACAAGUCAGGUUUUCAACUCAGAAGGUUGGGUCCUCUCUGAACGCUGUGUGUAUAUAAAUGUAUAGGAAUGCUAUUACUCUGUAUCAAUGUUUACAUGUUACUAUUUUUAAAUUUCAGUACUUUUAUAACUAUUCUUAAGAAUAAAAGUUUGGAAUAUUAACUCACAUGUCUUCUAGCUUGCAAUAGUUUGUCACAAGAUAACAAGAGAAGCAAUAUCUCUUUGAAUGUUUGUCCAGACAAAUACAAAUGAAAACUAAGAUAAGGACAAAUAUUUGUGUGUUUUAAAGUAACUGAAGUGCUUCAAGUAAUCCAUUCAUCUCAUGUAUUGAAGAUUUAAACUCCUAAGUGCAAAUAACAUAAUUGCAUAUUACUUAUAACUAACUCCAGACUCUGAGGGGGAGGUAUGUGUAUUUUUUAAGAGAUUCUCCAAUUUCUAAGUUUAUCUAAGUUUACAGUUUUUUAAACUAGCUACUGAAACAAAUCAGAAUAGUUAUUUGCUAUAAUUAAUUAAAGAAAAUUACCUCAAUUCAGAACUAUCAUAGUGUUAUAGUUGACUCACUGAGUUCGUCAAUCAUAUCAUGCAUUCCUUAAAGCACUGGAAAUUUUGCUUUAGAAAUGUCUUUUGAAGUGAAGAUUACAGCAGAUGUUUUAUAAUGGACCAUUUUUAACUUUAAAAAUUUAAAAUCCUAAUUUUCCUUUUGUCUAGAUUGCCCAUUCAAAGGGAUGCUGACUCUUAAUAUUUGGGCUUAAUAUUGUCAUUUAAUCACAUUUCCAUUCAGGGUGCAUGAAUAAUAAAGUUAAUUAACUGGUUUAAAAAUUGCACAACUAUGUUGCUGUGUGCAAAAUUUUGUGUACGGAACUACCCAAAAAUUUAUUAUAUGCCUGUUCGUAUAUAAUUAUAAAAUGGUUUUGCAUGUAAAUUUUGUACAAAAUACACAGUUUUGUGAGUUUGUGUCAGAUACAUUUUAUUUAGAACUAAUGGCCUUAAAUUUCACAAAACUCCUGAAACGAUUGUGAAUUGCCUUCAAAUACUGUUUAAACAGAACAUUUUAAUUUUUUGUGUCACAGUUGUAAUUGUCUUGUAUAUGUAACCUUUUUCUUUGCAUAUAACCUGUUUACUAAUUCUGUUUCUUACUACUGUAUGUUGUAAUGUACAGUAUAAAACUAAGGUGCAUUUUUUAAGCAUGAGAAGUUUUUUGCCAGAAAUUAUAUCUUCAAUAUUAAUGUUAUAUAACUAUGUAAAUGCAGAAUCUUCCAUUUUUAAAUAUAUUUAACUUCCUUUAACUGUUUCAUGUGAGAAAUUACG